GAGGGAGAAGGAGGGAGGGGAGAGGGAUGUUUACGAGUAGAGCUAGACGCUGAGAGAGAGACAGAGAGAGAGAGAGAGAGACGGCGGGGGAGCUGAGUGCUACGUUCAGAAAAACACGGAGAAGAACAGCAGCAGCAGCGGCUCAGUGUCAGUGCAGCUUUAUCUCGGUAUGAACUGCAGCCUGUAGCUCACCAGCACGCUGUACGCGUUAAAAUGACCAGCUCGGGUCACGCAGCCUUUCUCCUCAGCCUUGUUUUGGUGGUUUCUUCAUCACCAGUCGAAGACUGUAUAAAGGACUCCAAUGGUGUAGAGUACAGAGGAACCCAGCAGAAAUCUUCUUCAGGGAAGGUCUGCGUGAACUGGAACAACACAACCAGAGACUAUGACAUCCAGAGCCAUGCAGAUUCACACACAGGUGUUGGGGACCAUAAUUUCUGUCGUAACCCUGGCUCAGAUGGGCCCUGGUGCUACGUUUCCGGAACAGAUGGACGGCUCCAGAGAGAGGCGUGUGCCAUUGACUCAUGCCAAGAUGAAAGCUUGACAGAGUCAGUGACUCCAGCUGCACUGGAUCCUUCCCCAGUGCCCACCUCUGGCAAGACAGAGACGUUUGAGCAGGCAGAGGGCGCCGCGGUGCAGCCGGUGAUGGGGGUCAGUCAGCGGGUCAGGACUGGACCAAAGAAGAAGAAAGACCUUGGCACUACGGGUUAUGUUCUAGCCGCUCUCAUGAUGGGCAUCAUCAUCUUACUUGGAGUAGGAAUCACACUGGGCUACUUAUAUAAACGGGGUCGAGACCUGAAGAAGCAGCACGAGCAGCGUGUGUAUGAGCGCGAGAUGCACCGCAUCACUCUCCCCCUCUCCGCCUUCGCCAACCCUACGUGUGAGCUGGUGGACGAGAACACCAUCGUUAUAACGGCUGAGACCACUGAGCAGACGCCCACUCAGGACACUGUGGAGGGCGGAGACCCCCUGAUAAACCCAGCGGGAACCCCCGGAGCCUGAAAGAAACACCAUAUGGACGGCUUGAGAAAAAUGUGACUAUAGGACUGUGCAGCAUUUCGGACCAACACUCCAACUACACGCUCUCUAUCGCUCUCCUGGUGUUUAAAGUCCUUUCCAGAAAGAAGGGAAGCCAUUCAGAAGACAGCUGACAUCCAUUUCUCCUAAACUGAGGAGUGGAGGAUGGGAGAGGACACUGCUAAGGACAUGAGAAAGAGGGGAUGUAUAAAAGUGCAUGUCAGAGGUUCUUUUUUGAGAAGAAUUGCAUCCAAAUUUUUCCACCGGUCGGUCCCAAAGUCCACACUUACUCCGACAUAUUUCCGAAUUCAGUAAAUUCUGGAUAAGCAAGUGUGCAGAUAUGUAUUGUAUCUUAGUGGGACAGGUAGUUGCUAACAAACUUCCCUGAUAUUUCAAAAGCAGUGUCAACAAUGCUUUAAACUGUGGAAUACAUACUUAGCCCAGUACUGCUCUGAUGUGGCAUUUGGAAAAGGGUGGGUUUAGGGUGCAUUUAGGGUGCAUUUAGGGUGCAUUUGUGGACUGAGGUCUUUUGCACUUUGCUUUUGAAAGCGUAUGAACGCAAGUGUGAACCUUGGGACAAAGAACGCUUGCGUUCUCUACUCAGGCCACAGCAAUUCACCAGUCUUCAUACGCUGGUUCAAGCAUGACAGUCCAUUAGCAAACAUCACAAGCUCAUUUGAAGUGAAGCUGUGUUUUAGAGUUAAUCAAGUGUUUGAGAAAAAGGAGGGAAAUUGCAUUCUUUUCCUGUCGUUUUCUGCAGUUGUUUUGUUCCGUUUUGCUAAUGAGUGGGAAAGAAUGGAACAAACAGGGGCCUUUGUGCCUCUAUUCAUCCAUAUUGCUCAGUGUCUAAGUGGCUGUGAGGCAGUUAGCAGUCUAAUAGCUAAUAUGCUUUCAUAGGCUUUCUCAACAAUUAGCACAGUGUUAUUGAAGAGGAAAGAGCUUAUUUUGGGUUUGAGGACAAAGAGCGAAAUCAUGCCAGGGUUUCCACAGACGUGGCCUUAGUGUAGUCCUUAUGAAUGUAUCACAGUCUCUGGAUGUCCCUGAGUUUGUAAGUGUUACAGCUGUUGAUUUGGGUGUGAAUGGAGAAACAUGAGAAACAUCCUUGAGACACUACAAGAAAGACGAUCAGGAUAGGUUGUUCACCAAAGCCAGUGAAAAACAUACUGUGGCUCAACAGCAACUCUGUCCUUGACUUUGAAAUAUAGCAAUGUUCCACAUCAUUUAUACACGUGGCCUUUAGUCAAAACAUUUCUAGGACAUGGUUGUUUUUUACGUGGAUGGAAGAACAAUAGCUUCAUCAACAGCAUCUAAGCAGGAAAAAAGGUAGAUGGAACUUGUUAACAUUGUCAUUUUCACAAAUCCAUUUCAUGAAAGAAGCUCGAAAGCCUGCAGUCUUGGAAAGCUCUGACUUUUUCCCUUCAUAAAACUCUAAAUGUGGAUGGUCUUCUUCAUCGUCAGUCGCUGGGGAGUAAUUUGGUUAUUGUGGUUUGUUUUCAUUUUGCUAUGGCCUGGAAUUUGUAUUGUUUUUUUUCUCUCUGCACUCUUGUUUGAUGUACCAGAGUACACCUGCAUAUAGUUUUGAAAGAACUUGUAUUUUUAUGUUUGGCAGAUUUUUCCUGCUGUGACUGAGGGAAGAAA